GAACAAUUUACUUGUUUUGUCAAGUUCAGGAAGCACUUUCUUUGUGCCAUGCUGGAGUUCCUUGCUAGCUUGUAGCAGGCACCAUAAAGGUAAAAUCAUGAGUUCCAUUUUCCACCUGACCCUCGUUGCUUCGGCCUCUGUGGUAGUGGGAGUACAGGAGCUCGCCCUGGAUGCUAAAGACGUCGCCUCUCCCGCACCCGCUCUGCCGCCGCCAAAAUGCUGGCAAGGUCGACCUUUCCCCUACGAUUCCGCGGAUAAUGUACAAUUUCAAAAACAAAACGUGAAAACCCUUCUCCCCUACCAACGACUACAAGAAGAUUUGACUCUUCUUUCCGAAACCAACCAGUUUCUCCUCCCCUCCGAAUUUUCCUGGCGCGAAGUGGAGUGGAGCCACGUUUUGAAGACCAGUACAAGGGAAAAGCAUGACACACUCCAGGGGAAAGAGGAAAAAGCGGGUGAAAGAGCGAACAUCGAGGAGAUGAAAGAGCAGAAUCAGGAAAACGCGGAAGACGCUGCGAAAGCGGAAGCAGCAGCAGCAGCGGGUAGUUCUAAUGGGGACGGUGGGAGUGGUCCACAGAAUAACAAGAAUUUGUUGCUCAAGGCAAAAGCCGCCACGGCAGCUUCGACGACCUCCGCAUCAGCACUACUACAGGAGGAGCUCUUGUUCCAAAACGGGGAAAACGAUAACCGGGUCGACAAUUUCAACCGUUUCGACAAGAUUCUCCCCCGCGUCGUCGGAAACAUCACGAAACACGUGGAGCACUACCUCGCACCGGCGAAGUUCAGCCAAAAAAUCUCCAUGCUGACCCCGAUUUGGAACCAGCACAUCCCGCGGUAUUGCGGCGCUUGCUGGCUGCACGCGGGCAUUGCGGUGAUGAAUGACCGCUUGAAAAUCGCAAGGAAGGGCGUUGGCGAGGACAUUAUUCUCAGUAGACAGGUGGUUUUGAACUGUGGCAAGGAGACCGCGGGGAGCUGCCAGGGCGGGUCGGACGUGACGCUGUUUGAUUAUGUGAUGAAAAACGGGAUUCCGGACGAAAGCUGUCAAGUGUACGAAGCGAGGGACUAUGAGUGCUCGGAUUUCAGGACGUGCAUGAACUGCGAUCCAAGCGUGGCGGGGAGGAACGGUAUCAUGUGCACUUGAUAGCUGCGGUCGUUUGCUUGGGACUGUUUGUCAGUCGCACUUGUACACCGGCACAGUUGUGCAAGUAGUAACUCCACCAACGCAUGAACAAAGCAUAUGACAAUUUUCCUCAAAACUUUCUCCAAAGGUAUCGUCAGUGACACGGGUUGCUACGCAGUCAGAAGAUUCGGGAAGUAUUUUGUGGAAGAGUACGGCUUGCUGGACGUGAACCAGAUCAAGAAGGAGUUAGAACAGCUUCCUAGCAAUUCAGCAACCCAAACACACAUCCAAUCCUCUAUCGCCACCGUCCCCUCCACCUUGUUCCAAACCGUCCGACAAACUCCCAUUCCACCAACCCACCUGGAGAUGAUCCAUAGGAUGAAGGCGGAGAUCUUCCUCCGCGGCCCAGUCACCUGCUCGGUCGACUCCGAUGUGAUGCUGAAAUUCCCCAGAGGGCAUGUGCUCCUAGCGCAGGAAAACCGAGACUGGGAAUUUGACCACUUGAUCGGGGUCGUAGGCUGGGGGAUGGUGAAUAAAGUCCCCACCUGGCCGAUUGCAAAGCAGGUGCAGAGUGGUGCUUUGCCGUUCUGGUUGGUCAGAAACUCCUGGGGGACGGCGUGGGGGGAUAACGGUAUAAGAAAAAAAUUCGGCUUAUUUCUCAUGCGUGUUAGAAUUGUUCUCGUGGUGCUGGUGCAUCAUGAUAUGCAUGACGCAAACCCGCAUAGUGCUCGUGUUUUGCAUAAGAGACUGAUUCAACUGCAAUUUUUCCACAAUGAUAAUUAUCAGGUUGGAUCCGCGUUGCAAUGGGCGCCAACGUUACCGGCAUCGAGUCGCAGUGUUCCUGGGUGGUCAUGAAUCCGGAACCGAAAGUGGAAAAUUACGGACCGGUGGAAAGUCCGAAUCACGCGUUUUUGUCGACGACGGAGCUAGACGUGGAUGCGGACGCGGUCUUGAGCAGUCCGAAUGCGGCACAGCAGAGGGAAAGGAGAAGUGGAUUGAACGAAAUUGACCCGGUGGAGCCGACGUAUUUGUUUCAGUAAAAGCUUCUUGCUUUGAUACGACGUGACCGUGAGAGUGACGAAUGUGAAGACUGCACACAGCUGCUGGGGUGAAGUGUCUUUAUUGAUGUGUAAACAAAACUACUUACUUUUACUUUACCCGCCCUGCCUUGUAUGUUGCAAAGAAGCGUCACAAAGUCCGCACAAUUAUCGCUGUUUCUAGGUUGGUUUCGAACACGAUGAACAACACAGAUGCUAUUAUAGAUACGUACCGGUACCGCUAUCAUGAUUUCUUCGUUGAAUAAUAGACUCGAAAACAACAGAAAUUUUGCAUUGUCCUGCAUUCGUGCAGUCGACACACCAAAACGAGUGGCCUAGGGAUAAACAAAGGUUGACAUAUUUUUUCAAACUAGAUGUAGAAAUGGACAGGACAACUGUACGUAGCAUGUUAUCCGGACAAGGAAUGCACAGAUUCUGAAACAGUAAAAAGUAAACAGACCGAAUUAGUACACCAUGACAAUCUACGGACAUCAAAACACGACCGGGGGGACAGUACCAUUAU